UGGGCAGUGCUUAUUGUCCUCGCAUUAUUUGCUUAGUAAAUACCUGUAGUCGUUUUGUUUUUUGUUGUAUUUUCAUAUAAAUUUGCAAAUGUUAUAUACACAUCUAAACUUAUUGAAAAGUGUAUGAGGCCAUAAGUGCGUGUAAACGGUCGUGAUAUAUAAAACUUAUAAUUAGUAGAAACAAAUGGAAAGCUAAGAGGGAUAUUUGGAGAAAAAAGGUUCAGAAAAAAUUUACAUGAAACUAUGAAUGACAAUAUGAUUAACAUAUAAAUAUAUAAAAAAGGAUGUAAAUGCAAUAUAAGGAAUCCUAUGGACUAGUCGUGAGUGAAAAUUGUAUUUGUCUGAGGUUUAUACUGUGGUUAUGCACAUGCUUUGGUAUUACAACUUCUUGGUGCGGCGGCCUUAUCUAAUGGUCCUGGCCGUAGCCGUUUUGUGUACAGCUUGCAUCACAGUGUCCUUGACCAUGAACACAGCACCGGAUUUUAGUGAUCCCACAUUGGGCUUUGAAACGCGGGGUACAGUAUUAGGAAAGCGUCUAACCGCUUGGAAUAACCUGCUACAGGAAACAGGCCCAUUUGGCAGCCUUGUGACCGAUCCAAAUGAUUUGCGCCAUUACAAUACCAUUAAUCAUCACCAUAUGAAUAAGAAGCGCAAGCAUCAACUCCACAAUCGAGCACAUAAGCGCAAGAAUCAAAGAAAACCAAAAAAUCCGAAACAACACAAAAAUAAAGAAUUACAUCUAAGUAAAAAAGUUUUAUUUCUGAAGAACCGAUUCAAUAUAACAACUCGGAAAAAUAAUGGAAGCGACCUUUUACCAACUCAAUGGAAUGGUGAUAGUGGUGUUUUUCGUGAUUAUGAAAUUACGAAUGACUCCUUGUCAUCCAUGGAGCAGUCGAAUAGAAGCGAACAUUUUGAGUAUGGGCGUAAUACGACGUCCGUCGACGAGGACUACCACCGCAAAAAGGUCCAAACUAAAAAGAGUACCUGGAACAUACUCAAACAGGCACCAAUGCCACCCUCUUGGGGUCUAGAUGGUCCACAUGUGGAAGGUUAUUUUUGUGAUUCGCCAUCUAAGGAUUACUCUCAUUUCGUUGUUGAGCGUAUUGGACCUAAUGCCACGGAUUCACUUUUCGACCUUAAUGGACUGCUAGCAAUGUGUCAAUUACAGAAUCAAAUUCUUGCUAUACCAAGUUAUGGAGAAUUUUGUCAGAGAGAAGAACUCACUGACACUUGUUGUCGGCCAUGGUCAUUGCCCAAUUAUGCUGCGCUGCUAGUCAAUAAGAGUUCCUGUUUUGAUUUGAAUACUGAGGACGUCGUUAUGCUUCAAAAUUUAUUGGUGAUGUGUUUCGAGUACUAUCAUGAUUUGAAGUUGAGUAACGACUGCAGCGAAUUCAGCCCGUGUACAGCUCCAGCCGAAUGCACACGCGGCAACAUUGUUUUCAAUAUUUUACACUAUUUGACUGACGUCAACUUCAUACGAAUGAAUGACACAACCGUAUUUUUGAAAUAUGCAAUGAUAUUUGUACCUGUGGCUUAUACAUCAAAAAUCCUGCCGUUGUUCCAUGAAUGGGAAGAUACUGAUUUGAAAAAUGAACUUGUACAAGUUAUGUCGAUGGAUUUGGGACUCGAAAACGAGCUUUUUAACGAGUCUUUGCUCACAGAUGUUUGGUUGGUGUCGUUGGGCGGAGUUUUCGUUAUGACUUGUAUUUUUCUGUAUACAACUUCGCUAUUUAUAACAUUGAUGGUCUGUGUGGCAGUGAUAUUUUCGUUGGGCUUAGCCUAUUUCGUCUAUACUCUUGUAUUCAAGAUGGCAUUCUUUCCAUAUAUGAAUUUGCUUGCUGUGGUUGUAAUCAUAGGCAUAGGAGCUGAUAAUGCGUUUCUAUUUGUGAAAAUUUGGCAAUGCGUUAUAGCAGAACGUUUUACAAAAUCUACAAAAACAACAAUCGCGUCUCAUACCGCCACGUCAGUUGCCGAUGGUGGAAAUGAACAUACAGAGACAUUGCAGAGCUUAAUGGCGUCCACAUUUCAUCAUUCAGCAUUGUCUAUGUUUGUGUCUUCACUAACAACUGCUACCGCAUUCUUUGCGUCUUAUACCAGUUCCAUUACGGCUAUUAAAUGCUUUGGUGUAUUUGCUGGAACUGUAGCUAUUACCAAUUAUUUGCUUAUGAUAACUUGGCUACCUGCAGUCGUCUGCAUAAUGGAACGCUUGUCUGCCUGUACGGCCUGCAAUAGCAAACUUCCCUUGCAGAAGUUUCUGCUCAUGUUCAAUAAGUCAAUUACAAAGUCCAGUCACCUUCUUGAAUCAGUUAUUACAAGGGCUGUGAUGAAUUAUGCUACAAUAUGGAUUUGUUCAUUCGGAGCGAUAGGACUAUUUAGUUCAGUUAUUGUAUUAUACGCGCCAGGUCUACAGUUGCCAGAGACCUCCCAUUUUCAAUUGUUCGCAAGUAAACAUCCAUUCGAAAUUUAUAAUAGCAAAAUGAAAAAUGAAUUCUGGUUUGAGAAAUCAAUGUCGGCCUAUGAAAAUUUUAAAUUACCACUACGCUUCGUGUGGGGCAUUCAAGCGGUCGAUGAUGGAGACUAUACUGAUCCAUUUUCCCGUGGAAACUUAUAUUAUGACAAUACUUUUAAUAUAUCUACGAAGGCUGCACAAAUUUGGCUGUUAAAUUUUUGCAAAAAAAUAAGACUACAACCAUUUUAUGAAGUUACUUUUGGUUUAUUGCUGUCAAAUUGUUUCAUUGAAAAUUUUAUUUCACUAAUGGAUCGCAUGUGCAUAGAUGGUAUGGACAAUAAUGACCGCACACCAUGUUGCGAUGUAUCAAAGUUUCCCUUUGAGCCCCACGUUUUCGACAUUUGCUUGCCAGAAAGUAUGUCCUUGCUCUACGCCACACCGCGCCAAUAUUAUACACCAGGUGUUGCUGGGCCAAGAUUCUUGGCGGAGAAGCAAACCAUUGAUAUGUCACAUGGCCAUCACGAGGAUGCAACAAACAAUGUUUCGCAAAUUAGUACGCUGCCCCCACCAAAAGUUAAAGCUUUAGUGAUCGAAUUCGAAUCGAAUGUCGUCUACACAACGGCUUACAAAGAAGUGAAAACAUUUGUUGAAACUGUUGAGCAGUGGCUAAAGGAUGAGUUUAAUUCAGCACCGCCCGAAAUGCAGGGCGGCUGGUUUACGAGCGAACUUAAAUUCUUCGACACACAAGGCACGCUAAGUCACGAUACCUUAGUGGCGAUUACUGUGGCAAUGAGUGCUUCGCUAAUUGUUUUGCUUUUGGUCACCUUGAACGUUUUGGUAUCGCUGUAUGCUGUUGUAACUGUCUUGCUCACAAUCUUUACGACAGUAUCCAUACUAAUACUACUCGGGUGGAAGCUAAAUGUGCUGGAAAGUAUAACCGUGAGUACUGCGAUUGGAUUAGCGGUAGAUUUUAGUUUACACUACGGUAUACACUACCGAAUGUCGCCGACGAGAGAACGUCGGGCCGCUAGCCAAUUUACCUUAUCACGGAUUGUGAGUCCAACAUCGAUGGCCGCAAUCACUACAGGUGUUGCUGGUGCUUUAAUGCUAGCUUCCAACGUACUGCCGUACAUACAGAUCGGUUUGUUUUUAGUUAUUGUGAUGGUUGUCAGUUGGUUAUUCGGAACGUUUUUUCUAAUGAGUCUUCUGAAAACAGCCGGGCCGCAAUAUGGUUUCAUGCAGUUCAAUUACCCGUUAAUAAGUAAAGGAUCGUCAACUAGUGGCAAUAAGUAUUAUGAAAGGAAACAAAGCCAAGUUAUUGCCAGCGAGCAAUUGCUUACACCAUCGAGCUCGGCAAUCGGCGAGCUCAUUAAUUCGGAAACACACGAACUUGAGUCGCUCACAUCAAGUUCCUUAAUUAAAACGAUUUCUGGUACUGAAAGUUCUCAUCCCCUCAGUGCUGAUUUCGAGCACUCUUUCAAUAAUAAACUUGAUAUAUCAUCCGUAGUUGAUCACAAGGGUCCGUCUGUUGAAAGUUCAAUGUCUGAGUUACAUGCUACAAACUAAGAUGCCUACACAACUAUUUUUGGUAAAGUGCAUACAUAUGUAUAUACUAUUACAUAUAAAUUUUACAUAGUAGUUACUAGAAUUUAUCAUGGUUAUGCAAUUAAUUAAGUAUAUAGGUAUAUAUUACAAAAAAAAAAGAUUUAUUAUGACAACAUAAUAUUAAUGUUAUUGCGCCAGUAUUGUAUCUAUUAGUCUACUAUUACUGAGUUCAUUAUUGAAUUAUUGCAGACACAUGCCAACAUGAACGAAACAAAAUUUAUGGUUAGCUAACUAAUAAUAAUCAGAGUAUAGCCAUAUUGUUAAGUACUGGAGAAUUAAUUGUCGUAAAUGCAUCAAAUAUUUUAACUAGAUAGGUAUAUGAAAUACAAAAAAAUUAAAAGAAAGCAUUUUCGAUGUCAUACAGCUAUUUGUUUUAUAUGUUUCUGCAAAUUCAAUUAUAUUUGUUGUGCGUGUCACAGCGCCUUCUUAAUCACUUGCUGAGGUAGCUUGUAGCUCUUUUUUAUUAUUUGUUUACGUUUUUUAUACGAAAGAUAUGUAUGUAGUAUAUCAUUCUUAAUUGUUGGUACAUUUUUCUAUAUUAAAAUUUUUUUACAUAUAGUAUCAAAAUUCGCAAACGCUCUGCCAAUAUUUUUAAUGUUUUUGUUGUAGCAGCACAAACAUUCCCCAUACAUGUACGGGAAUACUGGUGUAGUGAAAGUCCUUGGCCGGAUAUAAAUCCGGGUCGUUCCGGUAACGUAGAAACGACUGUCGUGGAAACGUGUGCUGGGGUAUCUUAGUAUUGGCUGCCGGAAAUUGUUAAAAAUACUUUUUCGAGAAAAAUUUUGGUUAGGAUUUUGGUGAAUUUUGGUGUUGAUAUGUACACUUAUUUAUUAAACAUUUCUAAUGUAAAUAAAAAUCACCUGGUGUGGCUGUAAUUGUAAUAAAUGGGAAACCUGCAAAGUGAAAAUAUGUUUUACACCACAAAUUAUAGUAUUUACAAUGAUAUCCAUAUGUACUUCUAGUAAGCAUAGGUAUAUACAUGUAUGUAUGUAUAAAGUGCAUGUGCAUGUUCAUAUAGAUACAUUAUACAAUAAUGUAGGUAUGUUGUUAAUUAUAAAGCCUUGUGCAAAUGCACAUAGGAGAAAAAGCAUAGAUAUUUUAAUGUAAGUUGAAUAAGCGUUUUUUAUGUAAAAUGUAUAAAUAUCUGAUGGUAUUAAUUAGGGAUAAUUUCAAAUCAAGCAAUUGUUGGAUUAGGUUAUUCAAUCUGUCUAACAAACCUACACUUAUACGCUAUGAAUACAUUCCUAAAUGUGCAUGAAACCUUACGUACAACUAAUAUUUUGAUGUUAAUGGCCAGACACAUAUAAAUCACAUGAUCAAGACUAAGGAAUGUUGUGAACAAAAGGUGCAAAAGUCAAUAGUAUGUUUACAAUAUAUAAUAUUAAUAUAUGCGAAUAUAGAAAAUUUAAGAAAUAUCUACGUAUAUAGUUAAGUUAAGAGUUUAAGUUCAAUGUACUUCCACUGUCAAAAGAAACAAAUAAUAAACGGAUUAUAAUAAGUUAACUGUGAUAUGAUAAAAGAUAAAAGUUGAAUUACCGAUAAUUGAAUAUAAUCCAGAAUUUAUGUACUUAUGUAUA